GUAUGUUCGGCCAUGAUGCAGGUUACGGCCACUUGAAGUAGGCUUGUACCAUGGGGUUGAAAAUAAUCCCUUCAAUUUCUUGUCAACGUUCGACAUGUACGCGUUGUUUUUAACCGUGUUCUGCACCUUCGUUGUUCUGGGGAGUGCCAGAGGUGAGUUAGACUGCUGUAACUACUCUUUAGAGGCGACUACAGUUGCUACAAAUCUAAUAGUUAUUCGAUGUUUGCCUUUGUUGUAUUUCCUAUUUCACGCGUCAGUGAAUCUAUACUUCGAUAGUUCGCUCACAAGCUUUUCAAUUUAGCCCAAUAUUAGAGCGUGUUAGCUAAAAUAAUUGUGUGUUUAAAAUAUUAUUGGUAUAGAAUUGGAAAGUUUACCCUUUCAUUUAAAACCUAACUGUAAUCUCAUUUGAGUCUCAAAAGAUUGUUGGAGAAACGCGGUAGUUUCCGGUAGCAUUGUGGUUUGCACUAUUGUGUAUUUAUUACUUGCAUAAAGGUUUCGUCCCUCUUAAUUUUCUUUUACCCACAAACAUUAAUGCGUUUGUUUUUCCAUCAAAGAACACGUAUAUGAAGCCGAAUGCUGUAAGAAUAUACGAGGUAUUCGGGAGUGCAAGGACGAAUGUGAAAAGGUAUUGUAUUAUAAACUCUCCGCAUCUUUAAUACUCGAUAAAUUUCCCAAAAUUUCGAUAGAUUUCCCCUCACACCGUUGCAUUCUGUACUCCGACCGCUCUGUCUCGUGGAACUUAUAUAAUAAACCUAAAUUUAAGUGUAAGAUCGAAGCUCAAAGAUGCGAAUUUCUUGACCCAAAUGAGUCGUUCAAUGUUGCUAACGAAUAGCAGAUUGUUGACACGCAUUCAAACAGGGUCAGCAACGCAUUAUAAUAUUUCGAUGUAAGAUUUUUAUAUUAUUACUGCACAGAAACCUCAGUACAGCGGUAUGAAGAUAAAGAAGUGAUCGAAUGAGUAAUGAUAUUUUUGUGUGCGUUUAGGCAUGGAAUGAGCGAGACCCGGCAAAGAAACUACAGCUUGCUCUCAGUUUACCUAAAGUCUGCCCGUCACAUCUGGUAAGUUCAUGAGACAAUGGCGUUCGAAUAAAAUCAGUGUUGUCCGAUAUAUUACAGUUGCAGCUGGACGUUGUGUAAUAGAUACACUGUAUUAUACAUAAACCUUUUACUAAAGUCCGUCCUGUUUGAAUUUCAUAGGUUUCUUUAUGGAAGUGUUUAAAUUCGUCGAUUAAAGGUACGAUUUUGUUCGCGUUGUUAGCAUGCUGUGAAAGGCUGGCCUUACGCUGGUGUCGUAAGGAGUUCUACAAAUAACGCAUUAGCCGAAAAGAAUAGACCAAUUAUAUACGAAAAUCAAUUGAUCCCUAUUUCUAAAUGACUUUGCGAAUAUUUAAACGUCUGUGGGAAGGGAAAUUUAACUUAAUGGUCUGAUGUAUGACACCCACCCGCUUUGAGUAUGCCGGUUUAUUAUUGUAAAAACUGUUUCAAACGUAAGUGUUUGCGUGACUAUGUUCGCUAUUAUUUUGAUUAUUUUCACAAGUGUUCGCUGAAUGAUCGAAUGUAUGAGGAGGGGAAGAGUUUCGUAUGUAUGUGAUGGAAAAAUUAUCAAGUUAUCAACGUUUAUUCGAUCAUCAUACGUUGUGCGGGUUAAACACAGGGUGAUCAGUAAUGGAGAUUUAAUUGUCUUGGACAUUAUUUCUCCUCGGCAAAACAUUUUGACUGUGCCAUCAAGCCGGAGGUGUUAAUUUCAUGAACAUUCUCAAAUUUACAUUUGUUUAUAAAUUUGCAACAUUAUGUGACUUCGCCGCGUUGGUCAUUUUUUACGCAUGGCUGUUUUCAAAAACUUUUUCUUUGUCCAGCUUUUAGCACCAAGGCAUGUGAAACAUAAGCCGGCGGUCGAUUCACUUUGUUUUGUUUGAUGUCUCGAGUGUUAGCGAUUUUGAAAUCUUCAAGGUGUUACUUUAUUACGAGUUAUUUGAGUUGAUACACUACAGACUGAGACUGUAUACCAGACAUGGCUUUAUAUAGCAAUAUUGUAUAUAGUAAUAUUGUGCAUUAGUGAAAUUCUUUAUACAAAGCUUUAAAGAUUCUGGCAUGUGGCUCUGUUGUAUCUGUCUAUUAGAAAGUAUUCCGUGAUAUUUUGUACAAAGAGCAUUGGGUAAUUAAUUCCCUAAAAUCUGUAUACCAAAGUAUAUUUUGUAACACAUAUUGCCACAGUUUUGCAAUGUUUUUCUUGUCUGGCAAAUGUGUAUUCGAUAUUAUUUUACUGACACUGAUAGCUUCCAUUAUCGACCACAACACACUGUUUUGUGGCUGACAAAAACUGGCCCUACAGCAUUUAUUUAUUGUUUGUUGCGGUUUCUCACAUUAAUAUUUUAAAAGCAGUGCUUUUAGCGAGUUGUAAUAUGUAUCAAACCGUUAUCCGUAUUUGCUUUUUAGUUCCAUCAUAAAACGAAAUUCGAGUGUUUGGGUUCUUUUCGAUAGAAGGGCUGAUUUGAAUAGCGACGAUAAGAUCUUGUUUUAGUAAAUUUGCAUACAGCUUUUAAAUUGAGCUAUUACCACAACGCAGCCCCCUUUUAUUGAAAAGGUAAUCAAAUUCGAUUGAUAUUCACAACACAUUGUGUGUUUGAAAUUGUUUGAAAGAAUUGCUCAUAUUGUGUUGAGACUAAUUGAAGCAAGGAUUUAUGUACAGCUCAGACAAUGUCUUAACUCUGAUCGCAACGUAUCAUGCUGGGCCAUUGCGAAUUUGAAUAUCAAAGAUAAUUUAUUUUAGCACAAAACUUGUUGUUUUAGAAUACAUUUCAGAACUAUUGUGUUAAAAUUACUGCGUCUACACUAUAUUUACCACAACAGUUCUAAUAUAAACCCACCCCAAUUCAAGUUCAUUGCAUGAGUAGCUCAAAAAAGGACAGUGAUGUUUUUAAGAGGAUUAAAAAAGGUGUGCAUUUUUAGGAUUUAGUUUAAGAUGUAUCCUGUAUGUCAUUUCCUAUUUACACCUACCUAAUCUUAAUUCUCCUUUGGAUCUUAAAGAAUUCUCUAAGUCUAUCUAUCUGAUAUAUGCUGUUGAGUGAUACAGACAAGAACUAAAGUGGGCUGCUCUAGACUUUUCUAAUAUUGUUCUGCAAAGCUUGAUAAAACAAAAUAUAUUUUUCAACCCUGAGGGAAGUUUAAUUUUCCAUUCUCAUUAACUCAUUAACUUCCCCCAGUGAAAUAAUUUACAUGUAGCCUAAAAGAAGAAAGUGUAGAUAAAAGUUGGAGUAUUAUGGCCUCAGUGGGUCCAGGAAGAGGCAUGGUCAGACUGUCUGGUUUUAAUACCCACUAACACGAGUUUGACUAAUGGUCGCGUGUCGCGGGGAAAAAGUCGCGGGUAAAAAGUCGCAGGUCGUAAAAAAGCUCUAAACAGUGUAUUUUAUUGAGUCGCGGGUUGAAUAAAGUGUAAAAAUCACAUUAAUAUAUUUUUUUAUCAAUAGUUGUUCGAAGAUGUUAUGGCUGCAAUUGCGAGUUUCUAGAUAAAUAUAGAUAUCAGUAUAUAUAUACAUAUAUAUCAGUAUUUGUAACUUUAUACUAAUCUGUCCUGAUGAUGACUAAAAUAUAGUCAAAACGUAGAUUCAUUAAAGCUACAAAAUGUUAUUUGGAGUUACUGUCCUUUUGUAUUUUAUUAAAAUACUCAGUGGUUCCCGUAACUAUAUAACAUUGUAAAGCACGUUGAUAGACGGUAGUGCAAAAGGAUCCUGUUACACAUUCCUAUGUUUAUAGUCCUGAUUUUAGUAAUACAUAUUACCAUCCAAUUUCUGCCAUAUCACGCGUAAAAAUUCGCUAUUCAGUGGCUCAGUACGCGUUGUCGUCAAGCCUCUGCGCAUCGAUCAGUACUUUCCAGAAACAAGUGCCAGAGAACAUUACAGUGACUUAAAUAUCCUGGUUGUUGGUGAAUCAUAAUGUACUUUUAUAAUGUCCUAGCAUGGAUAUAUCUAUUAUUUGUGAUACUAUAUGGUUGUUUUUAAAUUGGUAUAGGCUGAUUGUAAUAGUAGUGGUAAACUGAAUUUAUUUCUACCAAAGUCUUGUUUGUCUCUUUCAGAACAUAUUUUUUGAUUAGAGGAUUUUUGUCAUGGUAUAAUUGAAAUUAUUCUUUCAAGUUUUAGACUUCUGGCACGUUUAUAUAGAACAAUUAAAUCAUGACAAAAGGCUCUUGGGCAAUAUUUCGUAUUGAAGCAAUCCUAUAUAGUUGUUUACUAAAUGACAACGUGAUUUUUACACACUUUAUUCAACCCGCGACUCAAUAAAAUACACGGUUUGGAGCUCUUUUACGACCCGCGACUUUUUACCCGUGACAUUCAGUACCCGCGACACGCGACCAUUAGUCAAACUCUCGUUAAAUCAUGACAAAAGGCUCUUGGGCAAUAUUUCGUAUUGAAGCAAUCCUAUAUAGUUGUUUACUAAAUGAUAACGUGAUUGAUGUGUGACUGGUGAAAGCUACUGAAAAAUAAAGUACAAUUUAUAUAAGUGCAAACAUGCAUUAACAAAAAGCAGAAGUGUGGUUUGUAGAUCCUAAAUAAUUCCAUUGUUAUUUUUAGGUCUUCACCUCUAUGCUCAUUCAAAUUUAUUAAAAGAAGGCAAAAGUUGUUGCCUGCUUGGAAUUCAUCCAUCAUGCAGACAGGCUUGUUUCUUGGUUACCAAUAGUGAUAGUGAGGAUCUUAAGAAAUCUUGCAAACCAAAGGACGAGGUAUUUAAAUAUAUGGCCGGGUGCAAUAUUUAGUGCAUAUUAAAACUAAACUCAUUCAAUAUUCUAUUAUACAACCACUCAAAUACUUACUAUAACAGGGCUCGAAACUUGAAAUUUUUGUCAGUAUCCAAGUGGAUACCAGCAUCAUAGAAUCUAGUAUCCAUCCUUGAAAUAUAGUAACCCAGAUCUGGAUACUAGAUAUUCUAUUUCCAGUAUCUAAGCAAGGCAAAAUUUUACCUUGAAACCAGGCCUUCAGUUGCUGAGCAAAAACCAGGCCUUUAGUUUCAAUAAUAAAAAUAUGUAUUGAAAUUCGAAAAAAUUGAAAAUGACACACUGCGGCGAUACGAAAGAAAGCACCGUUUGUGAAAUUUUUUUUUAAAAUAUUCUACCAAAAUCCGUAGACAUUGAAGUUCGGAAACAUGCCAAACGUCUAGAUGAUUAUCUACUAUUGCAAUUUCAAUACCCAGUAUCCAAAAUUAAAAUCUGAUAUCCUGUGGAUAUCGGGAUACCGCAAGUUUCAAGCCCUGUAUAGUCUGUAAAUUUUAAUAAAAGUUAUUCAUUUCUACCAACAGGAAUCCUUGCUGCGUUGUGUUGAAAGAAAUGAUGGUACUUAACUUAAUUGUCAGUGCAUUUUAUUAUUACCUGAAGUACAUCCUCUCCCCCCAAAUCCCCCAUCCAGACUGCAGAUAUUUCCAUUGAUGGGAAAGGGUGGAUCAUUGCUGGAAUGACCUAAUAAGCAAUUUAGCAUGAUUUUAUAUGUACUGUAUCAAAAGUAUAUGUACUGUAUCAAAAGUAAAUAAACAGAUGAAGGUCAAUUGCCAGUGGUUUAGGUGUUAUUUUCCGCUGGCUGAGGCACGAAAGAAGUGGAAAAUGUGUUCUCACACACUGCUGGGGGCCUGAUGAAAUCAGGGUGUUAUAGGGUGGUGCAGGUUAGUUGGGCAUAUUUUUGUUGUUGCUCAAUGUAGCUUGACAGUAUCCCACCCACCCAGCCAGCCCUUUAAUGUUUAUUAGUAGAGAGUAGAGGAACAGAACGGUUUUGGACUGGGUAUAUGUACUUGUUAUAGUAAUUAUGUAGCGAGCAAUUGUAAUGUAUGGUAGUUUAAAAAAAGUCAAGCUUGCGGCUGACGCUGCAGCAGCUCCAAGCGGUGUGUGAGAAGUAUAUAUUUUAGAUUUUUUGGUUAAUUUUUAAAUUUUUAUUUAGCAAGUAGAACAUGCUGUUCAUCAAGAAAGAGAAAGUGCGAAAGAGCAUGCCAAAAUGUAAGUUGGCAACUUGGCACAUUUCAAUAUCAACAUAGAAGCACAGGCAGAAACUACCUACCUGUAUAUACUGUAGUUCAUUAAUAAUUUUUAAAAACUUGAUCAUACGAUAUAUAAAACUGAGCCUGGUAGUACUGUAUAGCUGUAUGUACAUACUCAAUGUCAAUAUUGUAUUUCUUAAUUUAUAGAAUAAGGUAUAGCAUAGUCAAUAUGUUCCCUCUUUUAGGUUUUUGCAUCAAACAAGGUGCCUAGUAGGAAAAAGCUCAAACUUGUGAAAAGACACUGCAAAAGAAAAAACCUUCGUGUAGAUAAGUGUGUCAGACGUAAAGUCGCAUUGUCAAAAACACCAGGUAAUGUAUUGGUUGCGAUAGAUGAACCAGGCGGAAAUCGUAAUCUUGAGAUAAAUAUUAAUGCCCGGCAGAAAAUAUGUAAAAGAGCCAUAACAAAAAUAUAGUUUAAAAUAUUUAUUGGAAAGCUGACGUUUGAAUCUUUAACUUAAGACAUGAACCUACAUGAACCUACAGUACUGAUCACAGGAAAGUUAACAGUCCUGUAUCCCGUUCCAUCGGACGGGAAUCCAAUCCUGCGAAUAUUAAAAUCCGGAUUUAAAGUACAACGUUACAGUAACUGCAAUAAUAAAAUUGACAAAUGUUAGGAGAUGUUUUGUGAUUUAGCCAAUGCUAUAAACGAUAUAUAAAAACAAAUAUAAAUCUGUAGCAGUAAAUAUCACAAUUGAAAAAUAUAAGGGGAGUUUUAGAAAUGUCAAUCUCGUAUACUGAGUAAUUAAUACCUAUAGAAAUUUCGGCUUCGUUAGCAAGACUUAUAGGCUGCUGGUAUUUGUUAAACUAGGUUUCUGAAUACUUACCAAUAAAUAUAAUAUGAGGCUAGAAAUCUUUCGCGCUUCAACAGAACAAAAACUUUAGAUUUCCGUUUAAUUUCCGCCACCUUCAACCAUAACAACAUCUUUUGUCACUAUUCCUGACACGCAAUCGUCCACCGGAAAAUAUGCAGCCGCAUACGUUGACACUUUAGACUAUUUAGUCGGUUUGCGAAGCAUUUUGAGACUUUUUCUUUCAAUGUGAACACACAGAGCAGUGAAGUGUUUGGACAGAAUGAACUUUUUGCAUUUCAACAUCGAUAAAAUCCAAAACAGCUAUAGGAACGCUUUCUUUUCUUUGCGGUGCCCAGUGCAUGCUACCGUCGACAGUGUCUGGUUUUGCUUAAAGCGUCGUAGAAACUUCCACAAUCCUACUCUUGAAAGCUCAACACUUUCGCUUUCUAAAAUUUGUAAUAUUUCCAAUGUCUUAUAGCCUUCUUCUUUUAAUUUUACUAUUUGUUCCUUGCUGUGGUGGUUUAACCUUCCCAUUUUGACACGCACAAACUGAAUCAAAAUAGCAUAUUUUGAUCUAUCCCAAAUUUCUACAUAUAUUAUUUUCUCCUAAGUGCUUUCCCGUCCCACGCAAGUGACGCAACAAAAUCCUGUCCCAUGGAAUGGGAUUCCCGUUCGGAAUAGCAUUCCGCACGGGACUGGUAACUUUCCUGUGAACAGUACCAGGGAUGGAUUUACUGGGGGAUAUGCACCCCCCUAGCCCUGGUCAGGGGGUGUGUGCUAUUUUUCAUGAUAAAGCAAAAAAGACAAAAUGAGAUACAGUAAUUUGAGUAAUAACAUGAUGAUAAGUGAACUGUGAACAACAAUUGCAAUUAGUAGUUGAUGACCGACACAACUCGGCAGUCGGCACCAGAGCACACCCCCCCACCAGAUCAUGCUGGAUCCAUCCCUGAACAGUACUGUACAUUGCAUAAAUUCAUUCAAUUCAUUUAAUGCUUAAGUUAUAUCCAUCGGCUACCUCACCUGAUUAUGUGUGUGCACGGUAGGAUGCAUUCCCCUGUUUCCUUGAUUGUAUAAACCAGUCACAAAUUAUUCUAUCAUUUGAAAAUUAAAAUUCGGCGAAUUAUAAAUAUGCGGUAAUGUUAUUAUUGCAGACCACAAAUGUUGUCGUAUGGCUGAUGAUGAGCAAUGUCAAACUGUUUGCAGAAAGGUAAUUUUGUUCAAAUUUUGUUUUAAAUAAUCAUAUUCCAUACUAUAAAUAUUCAUUCCUAUCCUAAAUACUCGUAUUGUUGCCGUACAAUUCAUAGUUAAACUUUAAUUUAAUUAAGUAUUCCAAAUAUCAUGCCUGUAUAUUUAAUUUUUUUGCAGGUAGCCAAAAAACAUUUUCAGUUAGCCCUGCGUAGUCCAAACUUACUCGCUUCGCUUGAAGCUUGCAAAUUGCAACAUGGGACCGGGCACAGAAGAAAUUUUUUUGAGUUAUGUUUCAUAUUGUCAAAAUUGAGUGUUCACUAAUUUGCUAAAACCCAAUUGCUGGAAAAUUUUCGUAUAUCAAGCUGACAAGAUUGUCAAUAAGAUUUGGAAACUAAGAAUUUACGUCUUGGGUACGACUCUUAUUAAGUCUGGUCGAUAAAUAUUGCGGAAUGUAUUCGGAAACAUCGAAAUUUUCUACUUUACUUAAGCAUGCAUGAGACCUUCUGACCAAGGAUUGCAGUUAGCUUCACACACUUGCAGGUAGCAUACCUAGGAUCCCAACAUCUGAUAGGCAUGCCAAAUAUUCAUUCAAUACUCUGCUUCCACCUGGCCUCGAAAUAAAUCUGGACGUUAUACCGGUCAUAAUGACCGGUGGAUCACUAAAUUUACCGUUCACAGCGGAAUUUAUGCCGGUCAUUGUCACUCGUCCUUAGCUUCUUUUCCCCCCUCAUCUUUUGCAUGACUCGUUACUUUAGAAACAAUUGUGUAUUUUAAUUGUAUUUGUAUACAAAGUAGAAGUAUGGCGUUUAUCAAAGCUGUAGUAGUAAUGAUUACUAAUAACAUUAACAUUGUUUACUAGCAAAUUAAUAUAUUAAUUAAGUCUCAAAUGACAACUGUAGUUUGAGUUGCGAGCAUGCUUCAAGGCUGCAUUCCAGUUAUGCGUUUUUCAUACGUUUUUCAUGUGUACGCACGUAAAAGUUGAAAUCGCUUUACAUCCUACUUAUGAAAUAACUAAAUUUAUAAAAGUCAGCAUUCAGUUUUGUGUAUGAUUUAAUAUGUAUCUGUUACGGUUAUUUGCACUUAUAUGAAAUAUUAAAAGAUUUAAACUUUUCUGUCUGUCGCAUGUGUGAAAAACGCGUAACUGGAAAACAGCCAUUAGGCAUAUCAAUACAGAAUCGGUAUAUCGUAUCUGUAUGACGAAAUGUGUCACUUCGCCACCCUUAUUAGCCUGCACCGUAGACGGACAUACACUUUUUUUGAAAAUUGGAAAUAAAAAAUCAGCUCCAUUUUUGAAUGUACUUUUUUGAACGUACUUUUUUGAACGUAAAAUUUACCGGUCACACACGUCCGCCCAGUGGCGGAAACUAGGGGGGGCGAUCGCCCCCCCCCCAAAAUUUUACUAAAAUUAUAUUUUAGCUAGAUUUCAUAAUUUAUUUUGAAAAAUGAAAGCACAAUAUAAGGAAACGAAAUGGUAAGUUUUAAUAAAAACAAGCUAAAAACUAGCAAAAGUAUUCUACAUUUAUAAUCUCACAAGUCACACAAUGAGUGUUAUGAAUUCUGAAAAAAAGUCAAAUUAAAUUAGUUUUAAGCGCUAGCUGCGCUACAAGUCUUUACUUAAACUGUACGAUUCGGGAUUUUUGAUUUACCCAUCGAUCAAGCACUUUGUCCAUGUUUAUUCUUUUUAACAGGUCUUUAUUCAUGGAUAGCAACAUAAAGUCACUGGCCAACAAACUGUCUAAGCUAUUACGAGCCCAGCUCAAUAUCCGAUUCAUAGCACUGAAGCUCCAAAAUUGACCACAAUGUUUAAAAGGUGGUGAAUUUUGGCUAAAACAGUAGCUUCUAAUGAUGUAACCUUAAUCGUGUCCAGUUACGGCAGUAUAUAGGCUCUUAAAUUUAUGAUAUACAUGCAUAUAUAAUAUAGAGUAUUUUCCCGAGUGUUCAUAAAACAAUAGCAAAUAAUUGUAUCAAAUUUACUACGGACUAUACAGUAUCUAUUCUAUAGGUAGUAAUUUUCAGGUGUUCUUUCACUUCUCUGGUUUAGAUAUUUAUUACGUACUGCAAGUUCAGAUUACCGGUUUUUUAUGUUUACCACAUGAUUUAAACCAAAAUUCACCAUUAACUUAAUGUUUUGAAAACCUGGAAUUUCUUACAAAAUGCGCUCUCAGAAUGCUGCAAAUGCCAUUUCAGGGGUCCAAAUUUUAAAAAUUUUCUGGGGGGGCAUGCCCCCAGACCCCCCUAAAAAACUCGUGCCUUCGGCAUCGCCCCCCAAAAUUUCGCAAAGUUUCCGCCACUGCGUCCGCCACGCGACGAUAUUUAUCGGUCAAACCGGUCAGUGACUGGCACUUAUUUCAAGGCCUGGCUUUUCCACCCCUGCUACAGUCGUACAGUGCGCAAUACGUGUAUAUUAUCAUAUACAUUCCUAAAAUAAGGAAAUGAAGUAUAUGGAAUCAGGAAGCAUGCAACCAAAAAGGGUUAUGUUUUUUAUGUUUCUUCAUUUAUCUCAGUAAAGACAUACAAACAGUGUAUAACGUUAACAGUGCCCAUUUUAUGUCAUGAACUACAGGAACAUGUACUGUAUGAGAUAAUAUACACUUUUAUAAUUCCAUAGGCUAUGGCCUCUGAAAAUCCACUGGAGGAAAAAAUUAAAGUCCUGCGAAAGUUCUGCAAAAUAACCUUUUCUGUGAGUUGUUGUUCUUGUAUAUAUUUUAAGACACCAAUUACAUAUAUACAACAUGCAUAAUAAAUACCCAGCAGGUUUUAAUACAGACAUAUCCUUGACAUUGCAGGGUGGUUUAGGGAUAUGUUUACUAACUCAUUCAAGUGAGUAUUGUGCAGUGCAUUAAAUGUGUCAAUUCAAGUAUUUUUGAAAUUAAAAUUAAAGUUUUACUGUCAAGGGGAGACCACUCAAUGGGUUAAGUUUGUUUUUUAGAGUCUAUGCAGACUGUUCGUGACCCGGAAAGAGGUGUGUACCUUUUGGCAAAUUACAUUUCGAUUUUCUUUUUACUGUUUUAAAGUUAAUUGUGAUGGUUUUAUUAUUUUUUAGAAUCAGGUGUUAUUUUAGAACCACUAAAAGUGGAUGUUAGGCUACAUUGCUGUUUAAGUGCAAAAACAGACAAAUGUUUUAAGUUAUGUUUGACGACAUAUUCUGAAGGUGGUAAAACUGAUGAUCUAUUCAAAAGAAGAUGUGAAUUUGACCCAAUUGAGGUAUGUUUAUGUACAGUAUUUUCAUUGGUUGUGUCAGUUAUUUCAUUUCAAAAUUAGUAUUAAAAUAUUGAGCAAAAAGGCUGAAUAUGACACCUCUAGCUUGAGUUUGAUUCACAAAAGUGUGUGAUAAUGUAGCUAAUUUGUUUACUGUAGUUCUAUUUGCACUUUGUUAAAUCAAUAAAUCCAUUUUUUGCAUUUUUUAGUCCACUAUGUUAACUUGCAUCGCUGAUGGUAAGUUAGUAAUAAUAGAGUAGAUAUAUUAUUUCAUAUCUAGGCUCUUUUAGACAACUAUAGACGACUGCACUGUCUGCACAUGAUUUUAAAUAAUGAUUGCUUAUUCUGUAUUGCAGUUUCUCAACCAUGUCAUAUUGGUUGCAGUGGUCUUGGCUUUUGUACAAACUUUAAUCACAGGUCAGUUCACAAUUAUGCUUGGGGAAUCAAGUACAGUAAUGUACUGUAUUACUAGCUCCCUAAAUCAAAACUGGCUAAUGUGUGUUGCAGAACAAGUUUUAAAAAUAUAGAUAUUCAGUUCACAGUAAUUCAGAGUCAUUCAAGUGAUAAAAGGUUUCAUGACUAAUAUACAGGGUGUAUCAAAAUAAACGCAAUUCAUCUUUUGUGCUUAAUAACUUUCGAAAUACUAUUUCUAGUUAAACGCUUUUAGGCUUACUUCAAAGCCUGUUCUUUUCUCUUUCAAACAAACUAUUAUCCUUGUCUCCAAUGCUGGUAAUAAUUGCACAGGAAAAGAUUUAGUAAAACCUAUCAUUUUUAGUUGCUGUUUAAUUAUGCAAGUUUAUUAUGUUAUUGUUUAGUCGGUUUAAAUGUUAGAAUUUUCUUCUUUAAACUUUAAUGUUGUCGUCACUACAUCUGGAAAACCACGUAAGAACAAAUUAAAAGUAUUUUAAAAGAGACCAGGUUGUUUGAAAAUCCUAAACGAAUGCUAAAAAUCGUCAAAACAUUCUGGUGUCUGAGCCAGAGUGUCAUCGAAUUGCGAUGUAAUGUAAACAGAAAUUAUAGCAAGAUGAUGUCAGUCAGCUUAGAUGGUCCAAGCCAAAAUUAUAUCGCAUUUGAAGUUUCAAACUGAGUUAAAAAUAGUGGAAGAAAAGCCGUAAUUAUACUUAUUGUUACAAUCCAUUUAAUAAAAUGCAACAUUUGUUUGUUUUAAUGAAAAAAUCAGUUAUUUUCAUGAGAACGAUUUGUUAUUCCAUCUCAAUUUUUUUAAUCUCCAAUCGCAAUAACGUAAAGUAUUAUUACCCGCGAACCAAUGAGUCAAAUUUAACAAACAACCCACUGUUAGAAAGCUGAAUGGCUACGCUUUAAAAUGAAUGUAAACUUUAACGUUUUCGUCUAUUAUUUGUUUAGCAAUUUACAUUUCAGUCGAGGAUUGCGCUUUUUUUGAUACACCCUGUAGUAGUCACGUUUAUGAUUUUAGGCAUACAGAAUUAUUCCGUAGUUGUACCUUAGAGAGAGAUAAUGCUGCUAAAUCUGAUUACGAGAACUGGUUGCGGGAAAAAAGAGUUGAAAUCCAUUCAAUGGAUGUUGUACCUGUGAAAGAUAUUAGCACAUGCUUGCCAGAGUGGUGGAAGGUGAGAAAAAGUGAAUUUCAAGUUUGGUUAUAUUUCUGACUGUUUUGUUUAUGGACUGUUUUAUUCUAUUGUAGGCUGUAGCUUGUGCACUACAAAUUCGACCUUGUCAUGUUAAAUCUCAUGGCUCUACCAUAUGCAGGUAACACCUUAUCAGUUACGACACAAAUAUAUGGUCAUAUAUCUUUAUAAAUGGUUAAGCAAUUGUUUCAAGACUGUUAUGGAUGUUACAGCUAAAACAACCACCCACUUCAAUGCAUAAUUUUAUUUCUUAAUUUCUGUGAAUCUUAAAUUAACCAAUAAAAAGACAUUUUGUUCAUUUCAACUCUAGCCAGCGUGGCCGGCUCUUUUAUAAGUAGAGCCUGCCCGAAAGCCCUAGUCAAAUUGAUGCCGCCUACUUAGUUAAUAUUCCAUAUUAACACCGCCCACUCGAAAUAGUUUUGUAUAAAUGAUGACUUGAAAUGUCAAUUGUUGCAUAUUUUACUAUAGCCUGCGCUACAUGCUUUCAAUAAACUUUUUAGAAUAGAUGAUAGCGAUUCAACUGCCUGGAAAUACAAGCAAAACGUCGGCAUUUCGAGCGAAGGCCCUUCGACUUUGUCUGGAAAUUAAUAGUAGACGAAGACCGUUCAAAAUUAUAUUAUGCUUUGCACCUGUAUGGCUGUACUACAGUUACAAAUAUUGCAGUAUAAAAUAUAAUAAAUGACUUAGGAAAAGUAAAUAGACCCCUUCCCGUGUUAUACACGUUGGCAGGCAAAUGUAUUUUAAAAGCUCCAAAGAGAGCUUCGUAUUAUUAUGGUGUAUUAAACACAAUGGGGAAUGUAUUAUUUUAUAUAAUCGUAAUUUGCCAGCCAGCAAAAUAUAAACAAGGCAAGGACAGCCAAGGUUUUAUACUCUAUACCUCUCUCCUCCACAGAGGCUUUAGUUUUCUUAGGAUUUAAGAUUACGAUGAGAUACAUUUCACUACACUUACAUGGUGGAUCUUGGAACACGAGCGUAGCCGCUGGGCGAAGGAUUGCAGACUCUAUACUAUAGUGACCAUACGGUUUAAUCAUACGACAUACACUGUAUGCAGUAACAGCAGUAUGGCUUGCCUUAUUCUGUUUAGAUACCGGUAUAUGGUAUACAUUUUACACUUUGUCUUUUGAAUCUUAUAUUUUAGCCGACAGGUUUACAACUUUAAUAUAGCGAUGCCGUUUGUUUUUACAGUAGUUAUUUUUAAAUAUUUGAAUAAAUUAGCGUAACAUGUCAAUCAACCUGUGGUUCAACGUAAAUUCAGCCAAUCACAAUUCUCGGCGGCUGGCUGCCGAGAGUCAUCAAUUUGACUAGGGCUUUCGGGCAGGCUCUACUUAUAAAAGAGCUGGCCAUGCUGGCUAUUUCAACUCAUGAAUGACAUAAGGCAUAACAUUAAUAUUUUAUGAAUGACAUAAGUUGUUACAUAUUAAUUUAUUGGUUUCAAAAUAUGUGAUUUUCUUCUCAUAUGGAAUGGCCCUAAAAUAAUUCACUAAUAUUUUUGGCUGGCAAACAUGUGGCGGCAAGCAAACCAGUCUCUGGAAAAGGACUGUCUGAAUUUGUUAGAAAAUGGCCAUUCAAACAAAAGCAACAUAAGAUUGUAUUUUGUAAGUUUUAAAUGUUUGCCAAGGCCAAAAAAAAAUAUGUGGGUUUCCGGUUUCUUCUUAUAAAAACUUAGGUAGGGUAGGUCGGUUUUAACUUUUUUUUUAAACUUUUUUUUUUAAUUUUCUGAACAAGCGGACGCCAUUUUGUUUAGUCAGUGCUUUCACAUCCAAAGAUAAAUUUCCCUAAUAUUGCCUCAAAUUUCAAUUUUCCACAAACUUUUUCCUCCAAGUGGAAACACUUACAAGCAUGAUCCAAUAAAAAAGUUUAUGGUCGGGAUUUCGACAUCCAAAAGCUAGGUAGGGUCGGGAAACCGGAAACCCACAUUUUUUUUUGCCCAAUGUAAAUGUUGGACAGUAGCUGAAGCCCAUAAGCAAUUACUGUAUGUCACAUUUAGAGUGCUGUGACGUCACCUGCAAGGACUGACUCACUGAUUAGUGUUUUGCUACAAUGGAAAAAUUAAGUAGGCUAUAUUCUCAGAGCAGAAUGCUCAGAUACUGUACAGGUACAUACUGUAUACAAUGUACUUGACCUAUGUUUUGUAUUUGGUUGAAUAGGAGUGAUUGUUUAAAAAUUCUUGGUGAAUGUGCUGAAAAAGAAAAACUUGGUGUUAGAACUGUGGAAGAGAUUUGUGCUCGGUUGUCUCCUGAUGAUCAAUCAUCAUGCAUUUCCCUUGAGAGUUAUCUCAGUAAGUAUUAAACAUGAUAAAGACUACUGUGCUUUUAUAUCAUUAGCUUGGUAUGACAAAAUGGUUGAAGCGUUAAAACGAAAAGUUGUUAUAAUAAUAAUAGUAAUAAUAGUGGGUUUAUUAAUACACGUUCAAUAGCAAAAAGCUAAAUUACAACGUGUUUACAUCGUCAGCAUUAAUUAGAAUUAAUUAGAAUUAUUACUGAUUUAAAACUAUUUACAUCAAUGGACCUAUAUGUAUAUUAAAAUCGUUUAUAUAUAUAUAUGGAAUUGUAUAAAUAUGUAUAUAAAUCUUACUUAUCUAAUUUAAAAUUAUAUUCAUUAAUAGCAUGAACUACAGGGCUGUUUCUAAAACGUUCAGUGUUGCAAAAAAAGUUACAAAUCUUUUCGCUAUUUGUCCUAGUCUCUCUUUCCCUAAUGUCACUCAGUUUCUUUGGCAAUAGUCCGUGAAGUCUGUGUGAUGGUUGUAACAUGUCCUCAAUUAAGGAGGCACAUAAAUUGUCCCUGCGUUCUUCUAAGGUCAGCAGAUUGCUCUGUGAUAAUAGAAGUCCAUAAUCACAAAGGCCAGGAUAAAUUAUUCGGAGGGCUCGUUUUUGGAUUCUAUGUUUUUUUUAUGCAUUUGUGUCAGACCCCCACUCCAGAUUUGUGCACCAUACUCUAGAACAGAACGAAUUACUGUACAAUAGAAAGCUAAUAGGUCAUUUUUUGGUGCACCAUAAGUUCAUAACUCUUUAAAAUCUUCAAGAGGUAAAGUCGCUUAGCGCCUUUUUUACAAUGUACUCAGUGUUGGUUUUCCAUCUCAUGUCAUCGUCUAUCCAUAUUCCUAACAAUUUAUACGACUUUACACGGGAUAUUUUAUCGUCGCCAAUAUUAAUCGGUGGUAUUUCUGUUUUCUUCUUCCGAAAAUCAAUUAGCAUUUCUUUACAUUUUUUCCCAUUCAGUUCCAUACUCUCAUCCUUUGCAAAUUGCACUACGUUAUUUACACUUCGUUGGGUGUUACCAAUUGGGCUACCAGAUGAAUGUUGAGUUAUGGUAAUGACUUCGGACAAUGUACUAUCAUCAACGAACAUAGCUAUAUCUUGAUCAUCAGAUGCUUCACAUAUCUGUUCCUGCUCAUUAGGUAUAGCGACUUGUGGGAGAUGGUUAAUUUUCAGGAUAAAUGCUAUUGGACCCAGCUUGCUACCCUGUGGGACUCCACCCCUGAUCUUUCGCAGGUCUGAUUGCUCACCUUGAAAUGAUGUAAAUUGCGAUCUGCCAUGUAGAUAGGACGCAAACCAACCCACUAAUGCGGGCCGUACACCGAUUCCAGUGAAGGUCUCAAGAAGCUUGUUGUGAUCUACAAGAUCAAACGCCUUCCGAAAAUCAAGAAAAACAAUUCUAAUACCUUUCCUGGAGUGUGCAUUGCCGAGUGCCAUUUAUGCAGUAGAUAGACAAGGCUUGAACUGCAGAUGUACCAGGAAGGCCGCCAAACUGGAAUUCACUAAUUUUUUCCCGAACAUCUUCAUAAAUCCAUUUGGUGGCGUAUGACUCUUGGACUUUGGACAAGGUACUUGUUAGUGCAAUUGGUCUCAGGAGAUCUACUGAACAGCAAGGCUUGUUCUUUGGUAUUCCACACACCUUGGAUACUUUCCAUAUAUCCGGGAAGAGCCGACAAGAAUAGGACUCAUUAAAUAUGUGUGUUAGAGGCCCUGCAAAGUAUUUUGCAAAUAGCUUGAUUAUCUAUUAUCUUAUAGUGUUAGGGUCAAAGGGACCCACUGCUUUGUUUACUUGAAGGCUGCUUAGCUUGUUCACAACGCUGUCAAACGUAAUAUAUGGUAAGCGUUCAUCGGGUCCAACAUGAAGCCAUUCACUUCUUACUUCUGAAAAGUCGCUAGUGAGGUUAGUAAAAAAGUCGUUCAUGUGAUAAGCGGUCUCUUUCGGGUUUAAUGGUGCUUCAGUUGUAGGAUUAAUGAGAGUAAAGCCUUGUUGUUUCUUUCCAACUAUUUUUUUAAUGUUUUUCCACCAUGUUUUGGGAUCUUGGACACGGGCAGGUUUAAUCUUUUCGUGGUAUAGUUUAUGUUUUUCCUUUCGAAUUUCCAAAACGAUUUUAUUACGCAAUGAUUUAAAAUCGUCAGUUCUUUCCCGCUGAUACAAUUUGUUUCUUUUGGAAAUCAUUUGUUUAAUUUUUCCAGAUAUAAACAGUUUAUCGUCCUCAUGCACUUUAAAUGUUUUCAACGGGAAAACAGUAUCAAUCAUCUCUGAUGUAACAGACAGAAAGGCAUCUACUUUGCUAUUUAUGCAAGGAGAGUUAUAUACCAUUGGCCAGUUUUGCCGGCUGAUAAGAUCUUCAAAUAACUGAAGACUGGAGUUCUUUAUCGGUCGAGUAAUGAUUUUCCUUGUUAUGUUCUUAUUCACUGUUCGAACUCUUGGUCUCCAAACGAUCAUGCAGUGGUCAGAACUACCAAGCGGGGCAAGCACCUCCGGUUCCUCAUACAAAGUGUGAGCGUUGCUAAAUAUAAGAUCAAGAAUUGCUGUUCCCCUUGUUGGUUUCUUCACCACCUGCUUUAAUCGGCAGUUGUUCGUAAUUAUCUUCUCCUGAAAACCGUUGCUCACAGAAUUGAAAUCCCCAGCAACAACAAUUGAUAGAUUCGGACUUUCACUUGUAAGCGCGUCGUAGCAGCUGCAGAAAUAGUCGUAAAAUUCCUCAAUAGCUCCAGAAUUUAGCGAUGGGGGUAAAUAUAUUAUAUUGGGGUUAAAUAUAUUAAUUCAAUAGAUAGAUAUAUAGAUAUACAUUAAUCAUUAUACAGAUAGAUACAAUGCAAUAGAUAUAUAGAUACAGUAGAUAGAUAGAUACAGUAUAUAGAUAGAUACUGUAGAUAGAGGGCCGUAAGUGAGUAAAAAAUAUUUUUACAUGUACAGGAAAGUGAUAUUUAGAGCUAUUUACAAAAGUUUUAAAAGAUAUUUAUAUCCUAUAUGAAAAUACAAUGACGUAAACAUCGGAAUUUGCAUAUAUAAUGAGCUACACAAUAAAUCACUUGAUAGCAAAUUCAGACGAACCUUAUACGUAUUUUUACAGGCCUUCAAAUACCGGUCGGUCAUGGACAUUGUCCGACCCAUUCGUGAAAUUGACCGACGUAGGGAGGAAACCACCGGACAUUUCUGUCCGACCUAAGUGAAACUGAGGUUUAUUGUUUAUCCGCCCUAAGUAUAUUUGUGUCCGACCGAACUGUAGCUUUGUCCAUCGUAAAUCAAAAUGUAUCCCAGCCCAGGACUAGAGGCUUGUAUGUUAAAUGGAAAAUCAGAGUACUAUUGUAUAGAAGGUCAACUGGAGAUAUUGUUUUAACGUAGUCGAGCGCGGGGUGGCGAGCGAAAUGGUGAAGUGGAAAACGGGCUUAAGUUGUCGAAGUCUUUUUUAAUACUGCUGUUCUGGAAAGCAAGUUAAUUUUGGCUUGGAAAUAAGUAUGAAAGAAACAAAUUAUUUAAUAUCUUCACAACAUUUACCGUUCAGAAUUAAUACAUUGUGCUGAUAUUCAUUUGUGUCAUUCAGACUUAUUUCCAAGUCAAAACUGAACUGAAGGUCAUCGGACAUAUGUCCGACCCAAAUGAAAAUUUUGUCAGACGGCCCUGUAAAAGAUAUUUUAAGGCCUGGUUUUUAACCGGUCAAUGCAUUUUUAAGUGAAUACACAUAUUUGCUGGGCUGCCUAUGGUUCGCCAGCCAUGUUUUUUCAUACACUAAAGUAACAAACGCAACUGAUCUCAAAUGUACUUCGCAACUGGAAUUUGAUUUGAAUUUCACUAUAACCAUGAACCAUCAAACAAUGUUUUUUACCGUUUAGGUCGGGCCUUACUGGAACAAAUAUUUUCCCUUGUCCUCAGAAGUGGCCCGAAACCGAAGGUCGAGGGAAAAUAUUUUUCCAGUACGGCCCUCCUGUCCGGUAAAUAACAUAUAUUUACUGUUAAAUAGUAACAUAUUAAUGAGUGUUAAAAUAGUAACAUAUUAAUGUCUAAAGAGAAAGUUGAUAGACUAUGUACUGUACAUACAGGUGAGCAGUGAUUUUAUUGGAAGAAAGUGAAUGCUUUCCCUAAUUUCUCGCUCCGUCAUACAUUUUUCAUGUUAUUAGUUCCUUUGGAUUUUGUACCAUAUGUGGACAAAUCAUGCAAGAAAAAUAAAACAAUCGUGUGUCACGAAACUCGAGGUUUAAUGGUUUAUGAAAUAAAUUAUAUUAAGAAUUGAGCAGAGUGGUCUGUCGGUUUAGGGGAUCUGGACCCUACCUUAUAAAGCCCAGCACACUGAUUCCCCUCCUUGGUAGCUAGAAACGCUUCCUUCCCACCUCACCCUCCUUCGCAUCUUUUCGCCCCUGUAGGUCUCAUCCCGAUGGAUGGUCCUCCCCUCUUUCCCUUCUCGUAAUUGCGACCGUUGCAGUUUCCUGCUAUUUAGGGGGGAGGGCCUGCUACGCAAGCUAGCAGUUUCCCUGUAUCCUCGUAUAUUAAUUUAUUACUAUAGUUGGCAUGUUUCUCUCUCGCGUCGUAGCAGAUUUUGCUCAUCUCCACUUCUCCGGAAGUGUGAAUGUAGUACUUAUAGGGAGAGGUAGUGUUCUCGGCACUCGAGAACAGCAAUUAUUUAUAUAGUAACUCGGUUAGAUAAUUCGUCAAUACCCAAGUGCAUGCAUGGCCAUGAAAUACUACGAUCGACCCACGGUUAUAUCCUCCAUCGAAUUACAAUACCUCUUCAACGGUAUUACAACCCUCCAAACUCCGACUAAUCGUGUGACGGAGCGAAAUUGUAGGCAUAUGCAUAUGUAAUACAAAUAUAAAUCACGAUAAAUAAAUAUAAAUCACGAAAAUAUAAACCCACGAAUAAUCAAAAGAGAUUAGAAUACAAACUUUAUUUAGCUCUUCAUGCCCCCAAAACACCCAGUUGAACACCUUGACACAAAUUCUUCGUCUGAACGUUCAAGCAAAUUAGCGAACAAUUUUGUCAUUCCAAGCUUGAGUAAAAACUGCAGUGCUACACUAAUUUGGGCACACCACUAUAAUCUGAGAGAGUACAGUACAUCGCUAUGCCAAUUCUAGUCUCUUGAACAUAGGAAAAAGACAUCUUUACUGUACUGUAUGCCUGAUGAUUUUUCCAAUUUGGCUAUCAACUAGAUGUGUUUUUAAUUAUUAAAAUCUCUCCAGUAGUAGUUUGUAUGCAUAUCACAUAAUAUUAUGUAGUGAAAUGACACUUAACUGGUCGGUAGGACAUACAAUAAAACAACAGUUUGUAAGAAUAUAAAGUGUUUUGCUGAAGACUUGUAUUCUCAGCUAGGAAAUCAAAAAAAUAGAAAAUACUGACUAUAAUAGAAAUUACUGACUAUUGUGACUAUAAUCUAUAUACAGUAUGGAGGCUGGUUUUCACAAUCACAUAUAUUUUCUGGCGUGCAUGGUUAUACAAUAUCUUAGAAAGCUUUAUAUCAACUUGGCACAAACACUACAUGUAUUACUAUAUUAAUGUUUUAUCGGGCUUUUUUGGAUUGAUACGAAUGAAAACGAGAACAAAAUCAAUAAAUAGUUAUGUACUGUAUUACAUGUUUAUAAUUAAAAUUGGAUAUAACUGUAUAACAUAUAUUUAAAGUUCGUUGAAAACAAAGAAUCAUCACACCACGUUAUGAAUAUAAGAGUCAACAAUACAGUAGUAUUACUGUCUCUCUGUGCCAUACUGACUGUCUUUAUAUUAACUUUUUUCCAUACUGAUUGUCUUUAUAUUAACUUAUUUGAAAAAGACUUGAUUGUUCUGCUGACAUUAUAUAUCCUAUUACUGAAUUAGUAAUGACAUUGUUCGCUCUUUCAAUAAAGAUGCAACCCUUUCAUUUUCGUUGUGAUAAACUGAUUUUCUUUACAAAUUACGCUCAUCCCAUGCAACACAAAGGCCAGUGUUAAAUUUUUUUCUCCAUUUUUUUCUCGUACGUGCUCUUAUAAAUCCACCAUUCUGUGGAGACAAACUUUUUUCUGAGAAGUGAUAUGAGUGUGUAUUCUAUACCUAUUAUUUCUAUGACCUAAACACAACUUUCUGCCUAAAAUAUGUUCUAUAUUUAUCUAGAGCCCAGCUUGUAUAAGAACGAAACGGACGGAGGUAUAGUAAAUUUUUCAAACGUCCUUGGCAUAUUUCACCUUGAUGAAGACUUGAUGUGUAGGUCCUUAAGUUACAAAUGUAGAUUCGUGCAAACUCCCAUCUUUAGUAUAAUUCAGGCCAUUGUGUAAAACUGUUUUCAUAUGUAUCAUUAACUUGAUUAUUUCAGUCACACAUCCUUGCUAUCCCAAUCCGUGUAAAUUCAGUAAAGAUCUGUGUGAAAUCAAUCGAGGAAUUCCUGGCAAGAAUGGCAAAAACUAUCGAUGCACACCAGGUAAAACCAUGCACGCACAUAGCUACAGUAUAAUACUCGUGUGAGACCGCCUAUUAUAUUGAAAGAGGCACUGGAACCUUAAAAACUGUAAAGUGGCAUAUUGAUUGAGUAGCACAUAUACAUUCAGGGUGCGAUAAUUCAAUAUUUUUAGCCGUACCUGACUGGUACUCCAACAACUUUUGCCGCGUACCUGAUCUGGUACAAACUUAAGAGUCAAGACGUACCUAAGACUACUUCCGAGUCAUGCGUGUUUAUACCUACGUAUAUAUAGUUUACUGGUCCAAAAGCAAAAAAUGUAUGGGCAAUUUUGUACUAAUGAAUCUUUAAUUAUGGUAUUUGUACAACAUAAUAUAAAAGUUCUCAAAGCGUCGACGUUGUGACUCGAAUGCCAUCGCUCAUUUACAGUGGAUUUACCGAGGGUGCUAACUGUCUGACCUCAGCUACAUACAGUGUAGUUUUCCUCAUUGGGCGGCUAAAAAAAAACCUGUGGUUCAGUGCCAGUGGUUCCGGUUUCAUAUCGCGAAAACAUUAGGGUAGCUAGGUGGGAAAUUUUUGAAUAUUUUUUUCAUGGUUUUGGCGGGGUUUUUGCUGGGCGAUUUUCAGUAGAGUCCCGACAUCAAUAUUAACUAGAGAUGCGUAGUUCCUACGGACGAAUUUAGGCAAAAUUAUGGUGUCCACACUACAACGAAAACGAUAAAAUUAUCGAUAACGAUUUAAAAUCACUCACCCGAGCGAUUUUUUUUUCAGUCGGACGAUGACGAUAAAUUUUUUGAUCAAGCGCAAAGAUAACAUUUGGCGUUUUUCAUCCCAAAAUAUGUCGGAUGCGUGGAAUUUACAUGUACAGCUAACGUUCUUCACGGUUUUGAUUACUUUGGCAGGUUUGCUAGUUAUUGCUAGAAGGAAAAUGUAAGUACGCAAAUAGCAAAUUUCCACGUACCUACGUGGUACUUGCCCAAAAACAAAGAAGUACCAGACCAUAAAUUUGGCGUACCUCCGGUACGUUGGUACGCGAAUUAUCGCACCCUGGUUACAUGUACGAAUACGAUCUUUCGAUGUAUAAUUCCAAUGCAUUUGUCAUUAAUUGUAGGUUGUCCUAUUGAUCAUCAGUCUAAAACUGUUAUCAAGAAUGGUGACUUUGCUCGGGUAAGUGUUAAUUGCAGAAACUUAGUACAGUGUUAUUUACGUUUAUCUGAUUAAUCUUUCAUCUUUCGUUAUUUUGUAGUUACCCAUAGUGCAAAACUUAAAAUUAGAAGGAUGUUUCAAAAUUUGUCGUUGUGUACAAGGAAAGUUGCCUAUAUGUACAACAUUACCAAGCUGUAUUAAAAGAAAUUCAUGUGAUCACAAAUUAACCAACAGUAAGUUUAGUUAGUUCAGUAGGUUUACAGGUCGUAGUUAUGUUUCACAAAACAUGAAUUAAUGUGCAGCAGAUAGCUCAUGGUUGUCAACCCUUUGAUCUGAAUGGUGUCUUUAUAAGUCCAGCCUCCUUGUUCGUUAAAGGCACAGUUCAGCCUUUUGAAUGAUGGUUUUUAAGGCGCAUUGCAACCCUUUUAAUUGGGAAAACUAACUAGGAAAAUACUAUAAGAUCAGUGAACUCAUUGUUUUUAACAUUAAGGGUUCUCCAAUGGAUUGACAUACAAAAGAUACAAAACAGCACAAACACAUGCGUGCAUCACCUAAUGUACAAUAUUUCACGGCACGGCAUGGUCUACUUUGCAGACCCCAUUUGAAGAUAUACGAAAUCCAUUCAAUAGAUAAUGCUUAUAAAUAAGCCACAAACGGUAGAUUCCAGACGCAUGUAGAGAGGUCCUAUUACCUAUCCCAAAAUUAAAAUAAAUCACGUAUAAUUAAACAAAAGUUAGAAAGUAACGAAAUACCACAAAAUGAAAAUAACGAAGUAAAACGUUACUUCUUAAAACGACUUCGUUCCAAGUAAAAGUACUCCAGAAAAAGUUUACUUUGCUACAUGCUCACUUCUCAAAAAUGGUACUCGACUACUCAAGUACAGUAACGAUUAACGAAGUACAUUUACUUCGUUUCUUGACACCACUGGUUGUACACAGGACGUAAAAGCUCUGGUUUACCCGUUGUAAACUGACAUUUUAAUUAUUCAUUUUUUUUAAAUAUUAUUAAUUUCAUUGUAUUGCUAGCCGUCGUCUUUACGUUGCCGUCUUAGAAUCAAAUAAAAAUUUCCUAUAAAUUCAGAAUGUUUUUGAAGCAUUUACGAUAAAAAUUUGUUACUCAGAGAUAGUAUUCAUUUUGCACAUAGAUAACACGUUUCUCACUAUGUUUUUCGUUUUAGAAACAUAUAAACAUCAAGAGAAGUUUUCAAUAAACUGCAACUUUUGUGUUUGUUAUGAUGGCGAAGUCCUUUGUUCGAAGUCUCAAUGCCUACCUGGAGCUGAUAACAAUGCCACAGGUUUGUUUGAAGGGCAAAUCAAAUUAUCACUAAAUGAGUGAUAUAAAUACAUUUGCAGUAAAUGUAUUUAGGGUCUGAGUUAGGCCUAAGGCCUGCUAGGCCUGCUAUAUUGCAGGUAGAAGGCAGGGAUUUUCUUGGAUUGCAUGGUAACAUCUCUGUGGAUCUCUCCUGUGCUUGGUGGGUUUUUCUCUAGUUUUCCUCCCUCACUAAAAACCCGUGGGCAUUUAAAAUGCAUAUGACAUGAAAUUUCUCAUAUUCUUAAAUGAAAGAACUCUUUAAGUUGUAGUGCAACUUAUUUUUCAGUUGCUUGUUUUUAUGGUUUGUUCCCGAGAUAUUUCAAUUUGUUUGAUAUGUAAAUGAGUGUGAAUAUGUCCGCUAAUUUAUGACGUCAUGUUGGUUGUAAGCGCAACUUACACUGGUUAUAAAUGUAUUAACUCUAAAAAUUGUUGAUAUCAAACAAAUUGAAAUAUCUCGCGAACAAACCAUAAAAACAAGAAACUGAAAAAUAAGUUACACUACAACUUAAAGAGUUUUUUCAUUUAAGAAGAUAAGAAAUUUCAUGUCAUAUGCAUUUUAAGAAUCACAGUCAACCGUGAUGCUUUGCACGCUAUGUGAAUGUUUACAUAUACGGGGAGCUAAAAAUAGUGUUAUCUUCGAAAAUAGUCAUAGACUAAAAAUGAUAUGCAUUAGCUUUAUUAUAAACAAAAAACUGUACUACAUUUACCUGCUGGUGCCCCGUCGCCAGCUACGUUCCCACAGUUCGUCCAUGCUUUGUCGUUGAUCAUGGAUUGUAAAAUAACAAUCCAUGCUUUGAUGGAGCAGGAUUUCGGCGAACUCGCUAUGCGAAAGCCCCUGUAUUCCCAGUACAGGCUUUCUUUCCAAAGGGCGUACGUUGAACUUGUCAACGAUAUUCUUUUUUAUAUAUCCUCACUUGUUAGUCUUCCACGAACCGGAGAUACAGAAGCCAUGAUUAGCCAUCUACUUUAUAAAAUGAGAAAACUUUCUAAACACACACGCAAAAAUCUCAAUCAAUGAUCUAUUAACAUAUUCCAACUAUGAAAAAUAUGAUACGCUUCGGAUGUCAAUCUUUCGUCACUAAAGUGGCUAAUAAAAUGGUGGAAUACAAAACAAUCAAAACAUUUUAGCGCGCAAAGCAUCACGGUUGACUGUAAUUCUUUAACCAUAACCUCAGAGACCUGUCAAUUGUGGGUCAUAAAACGUGCUAAGAGCUCCGACCACCUUGGAGUGGUGAACAAAUUUAACAUAAAUUGCUCUACUUAUGUCCAGCCUAGUCAACAAAAAAGCCAAAUAACUUGUUAUGCUUGCAGGUCGGUUGCGACGAAACCAUUCACCGAAUGAUGAAAACACUGUCAGUGGUAUGUACUGCAUGUAUACAGUAAAAUACAGUAUUAUAGGCUUAAAGCAAACUAAUUACUGAAGGGGUUUGUAGAUGGAAAUUUUGAGUGUAAUUUUUAUAUAUCAGGAGCACUUGCAAAAAAUACAAAAUAGUCAGUUGGUUAGAGCACUGCACCGGAAUUGUAGGGCUGCAGGUUAAAUUUCCUGCCAAAGGGCCCUAUAGUUGCAAUUUUCGCAACUGCUCUUGGUAGGUCAAAUAAACGUAUAAAAAUUACACUCGAUCUUUCCAUCUACAAAUGCCUUCAUCAAUAGUUCAUCGAGUAAGAUGCUGAAAAAUCCUGAUGUUUACCGUUGUAGCAAACUGAUCGGAAAUACAGACUAUCACUGAAAUAUUAGUUUCUUCUCCGCCACGUGUUUAAUUGUGUUAGUUAGUGUGAAGACAACACUAUCGUUGCUGUUGUAUAUUUACCGUAUAUUGGAAUAGAUCCAAAGCCAGUAAGGGUAGCAGUUUGACAGAGAUUUUUGUUCACUGUAGAUCUCUCAUGUCGGUGUCUUGGCAAGUACGAGCCAGUGUGUGGCACAAAUGGAAAAACAUACCGUCGUCUUUGUUUUGCCAGGUAAUGUAAUGUCAGUGGUGUAAUGUGUGCAGUGGAACUAUACACAUGUAUAAUUUAACAUAAUUUUUGGAAACAACCCCUGAGAAUUUUUUCACCUCCCCUGAAAAGUCAUGAACCUCCCCUUGGAAAAUUUUCAAUGACACAGUAGAUCAAAGUGAAAAUUUGACAUUUUUUGGUUGCUUAAGGUCGACACUUCAUCAGAAAGUUGAAACAGUGAUAGUCAUUCAUCUCUGCGUCAAGUACCUUUUAAUGCAAUGUUUUGAAAGAAACUUUGCAGCAAUUGUAAUGAAGGGCAAAAUUGGAUGAGUUGUACAGUCAUAAUUCAUUAAUACACUAAUACAUACAGUAUGUACACUAUGCGCAUGCAUGCGUCACGUCGUUGACUUUGGCCCAUUCUAAGCCCUAACUUUCCAUUGGGGUCGUGUGCUAGACUGCUGCAUCUCCCCCACUAUUUCCACCAUGCUUUGCAUAAAAAAAGUUACCCACACUUCUGCUUGACAAGGUCUCUAAAGAGUUGUUAUAUUUCCAUAAUAAUCGGUUAUAUAUGCAAUCGGCUUACACAUGUGACGAACAUGUUUUUGUUGACCCUGGAGUACACACGAGAAAAUUUCUUGGUUUGCAAAGAAGCUGGCCUAACCAGGAAAACUACCAUGCACGUUGGCACUUUGUUGGCAUAGAUACUGUAUAUUGCGUAGUAGGGUUGGGCGAUAUUUAAAAAAUCAUCUCACGAUUAUUGUCAAGGAAAUUAGCACGAUAUUCGAUAAUAUCGCGAUAAAUGAAAUAAAAACAAUGACCACAUUUUUCAAUUUUAAUUAAUAUCAAGGGAUAGUAAGCUUAUAUAUAAUCUUACUAAAAACAAGUAAAACAACAAGUUAAAGUAAUAUGAAGGCUUUUUCUAGUCUAAUAUUUACUGUUCAUAAACCAGAACUGUCUAUGUGGUGUCUACUUUGUCUCCGCUGGUUCGCCUGUGAUUUCAUUCGCUGUUUUGCCUGCAAUUUCAUUUCAUUUUAUCGUAUUGAAUUCGUAUUUAAUUCAGGAAAUAGUUUUAAUUCUUUUAAAAACUAUAUUUUCUAGGAAUUGAAAAUACUUUUUUAGGAUUUAUAAAAGCUAUAUACACAUGCGAAGCAAUAUCACGAUAGUCAUCGAGCAUGAUGAUAAUUUCGAUAUAUCGUCGCUCAAGUUUCUACCUUCGAUACAAUAAUCGCGAUUGAAAAUAUCGCGAUAAAAAUCGAAAUAUCGCCCAACCCUAUUGCGUAGUUCAAUAUACAUUAUAGACCUUGAGCCUUAUUUUUAUUUUUUAUUAGCAAUUGUGCGGAUGUCAACACAAAGCAAAUUGUAAAAGGACAAUGUUCGUCAAUAUAUCCAUGUGAUCCUUCACCUUGUUCAGAUGAUAAAUUGUAAGUUUAACUCUAACUUAAUAAGUGGCAUUAGUGAAAACAUUAACAUUGUUGAUAUUACCCAUUCAUUAAUACUGUCCUUUUUCUUGUUUACUAGGUGUGUUGUGGAUAGAAAAGUCUGUGUUGGCAGCAUGUCCAGUUGCCCGCAGUUUAUCUGCAGUAAGUUCGGAAUAUGCUUUACAUAAUUAGUUUAAAUCAGUUAUAUGUACUGCCUGAAUUUUCAUACAAAAAUCACUUUUGGAUGCGCUUGUUAAAAAGGAGCACGAAAACAAAUUAUAAAUUACUUGAAUAUUUGUCAGAAAAUUGUAAUGUGCACAAAUUGUACUCCCGAUUUCCAUAGUAAGUAACGUUGUAAUUGGUUUAUUUUUUAGUAAAAAGACCUCAGAAUUGUACGAAUUCUUCAACUCGGCUUCUCUGUGAUACGGAGAACCAGCAACAUUCUAGCAAGUGCGAGGUUCAACGAGAUGAGAAAGAAAUAGCAUAUGCUGGAAAGUGCAACGUACGUAUAUUACACGAGAUAUUUCCACAUAAUAUCUGCACGGUAUAGAGAGAAUUAUAAAUAAAAUCGUACGAUACACAAUAGUUUGACAUAUAGCUGCCGUUAUGGUCCGGACAAUGUUGUCGUGAAAAUUGAUUGCCCAUUUAUCCUGAAUUUACUUGCCGCUAUAUCGUGCUGGCCUUCACACAGUGGUGAAGCUAGCCAUGGCAACUGGUCAUGCUACGCUAUUACUCUGCACCUAAAUAGGUUAAAGACAAUAUACUGUAUUUCUUAAGGUUUGAAAUGCAUACCUGAGACCUGUUGCUAACUGUAUGGCUUGCUUCACCACUGCCUUUACACACGUAUUAUAUCAAGUCUCAAGUUGUCGCUAACGUCUGAUAUUUUUUCUAUUGUAGCCUUCUUGUGUACCUGGCAUGCAAGAAGUUUGUGGUGUUGAUGGUCAGACGUAUAGUAGUAAAUGUGCGUUAAAACAUGCCCGUAUGUUGUUGGAUUAUGAAGGACCUUGUAAAACUGUUGGAAAAUAUGGAAGUAAGUUUUCCUCGUGCAGUGUUGUUUGUAAGUUGUUCUCAGCUUUGGGGGGAUAUCAUCUUGUGGUCUAAAGUCAAAUCAAUUGCCAAAAUUAACUUCUAAGCGGGGAAACGAAUACAUUCGACCAGAUACAAUGGUCCCGAUUUCCAUUUGGGGUUUUGGGACGCUAUUAUGAAAUUAAUUUCGGCAAGUGUUGCCGCUCCUUUUGGACCGUGUGUUCUGGUGUGUGUGGCAACAAAUAUUAAUUUUGUGUUAAUUUUAUUACAUUUUUAGACAAAGAUCCAACAGUUAGAUGUGCUCACAUCAAAUGUCCAAUUUUAAAUCCACCGACUUGUGUUGGUGUCACGCCACCUGGGGCUUGUUGUGAAGUCUGUGGUGAGUGCUCAGGACCUAAUUCUCCUUUGUGAUUUAGUGCACUUCCUCUUACUUCCUCUUACUUCCUGCUGAAGUUAUCGACAUGUUGUAGAAAAUAACAUCGGAUCCAAAGUUGAACUCUUGACUACGGCAACAGUUAAUUCGUUCGAUGUUAUAUGAGGUGUUUUAUUUGAAUUCGCGGAUUAUUUUUACUUAGGGCUGUUUGAGAGAAACAGGAAUACUUAGAGGCAAAUUAAGUGUGGAGUAAUGCAUACUUUGGCUCAAAUAUGCCGUAUAUAUAAUAUAUUUUUGCCGUUGCCGUUCUAGGUUGCCAAACUCCCGAAAGCACCUAUUUGACUGGGGAGGGGACAGGAAGAUAUUUACAAUAGUAUAUCUAUGUGAUAUGAAACUAAAAUUUGCUAGUUUUUACUUGAAAUAUUUGAAAGCGAACUAGUUCGAAAGUCGUUCGAGUGAAUAAUCUUUUCUUUCUGCAUUUAUAGCCACGCAAUUGACAGUUAUAUUUGAUGAAAAAGAAAUUUCGAAGACGAACAAAAUUGUGAUGGAUACCUCUCAACCAAUCACACAACUGCAAGUUGUUGCAAGAGUGCGAAGGCAUCUAUCAAUGGUAAGAACUUACACUGGUUAUCAUUUUGCUGUAUUAAUAAGUUAGAGACUUUAAGAUUGACAGCAGACUGCUAAUUGCAAACUUCAAAUCGUGUUUGAAAGUGUUAGAACCGUAUUACAACGUGUCGAUUAAAACGUGUCGAUUAAAACGUGUUAGAACGUUUUAAAACGUGUUAGAACGAGUUAAAAAUGCAAAGUGCAUUUUCUCAACACCUGAGGAGGUAAUUCAUGCUUCAGUUUUAAUGCACAAAUUGCCCCUAGCUUAGAACAGCCAACAGUUGAUCUCAAAAUACGACGCGAAGAUUGCCGUUCGCAGUCUGCCGUAAAACGUCAGAUUUAAGGUUGCUUUCCAGGUUUUUCGUAUUUUACAUUUUCAUGCUUUUGAGAGGUGGCAAAUAAACUGUACGGUUUGCUCACUGCCCAGUCAAAUUAGCAGUUACUAGAGGUGUGCAAAUCCGAUCCGAAUCCGAUCAGAUUUCGGAACCAAAAUAUUCAUAUCGGAUUGAUAAAGUUGUUUCGUAGUCGGAUCGGACUUCGAUAUCCGAAAUAAAAUGAAUUAAUUAUCCACGCAUUAUCGCAAGAAUGAAUUAUCCAUGCAUUUAUCAAAGUAGCAUCGCGGUUGUCGCUGCAUUAUUCGUUUGAUACUUCAAUUGGACGUCACUUUGUCAGCUUCUUGACAUGUAUUUCUUGCUUUUAUAUUUAUUUGGUUAAAUAUUUCAACUUGAAUGAGAAAUUUAUUUUAUUAAAGAAUUCUUCGGAUCGGAAUUCUUUUUCAAAACUCGGAUCGGAUUCGACCAUUUCGGAUCGGAUUUUAAACAUUAGGCAACUGUCGGAUUAUAAACGUCCGAUCCGAUGCACACCUCUAGCAGUUACCACCUAAGGCUGCGUUCCAGUCACACGUUUUUAUACGCACGGAAAAGUUCAAAUCUUUUUCAACUUAACACUAGGAUGAAUUACCUGUACAAACGCACAUUAAGUCAUUCACAAAACUAUAUGCUUUCUUUUAUUCAUUCAGUUAUUUUCAUAAGUAACAUUUAAAAAGACUUAAACUUUUCCGUGCGUAUGAAAAACGCGUGACUGGAAAGCAGCCUUUCUCAAACUCUUUAACGGUUGUAGUGUAAUAUUUUAGUUUCUCCAUUUUUAGAGCGAGUGCGAUGUAUUUGGUUUCUACAACACAUAUAAUGACUUCAUACUACUGGUGAAGACAAUCACUGAAAAGCCAACCACGCUUCAGGUUAGUACAGUGUUUAAAGGUGAUGUGACACCUGCAUUUGUGUAGUUAUCCCCCGGGAGCAAAGCAAGCAUGUGGUGGGGCUGUGUAGCUCGAGGUAUAGAUUGAGAUGAUCAGCUGUAUGGCGUGGUUUAGAAAAUGUUUGUGAAAUUAGGCCUGUUUCAGAUUUGAACAUUCUCGUCCCCAGAGCCAUUUUCAUUCGGUCACUCGUCGAAAAUUUGGCUCUGGGUUAUAGACGACUAAAGGGAGAGAUCUGAUUGGCUUGUCAGAGAACUGCUAUUUCGCAGAAGUUGAGCAGUUUUCGCUAGGGAAAAUUUUUCUGUCAAAACAUGUCAACACAAAUACUUCGCAAUACUUGUCUGAAAAAUGUUACGGGUGUUGCAGCGUCCCAAUUCAAGGGUGUGCGCCUUAGAAACUACUGCAAGUUUUCUUGCACUUCCGGUUCCGUGUAAUCGUGUAUAAGGGUGAGGACAUGCUGAAAACACUGGGUAUAAAACAAAGUGCCCAACCACAAAAAACAACCGUUCAAUUAAUAGUAUUUUUCAUUUUGAUUGUAUUAGUUUCUUAUCUGCAACAAAGAAGCUCAGAAGAUCGAAACUUUAAUCAACACUCAAAGUCCAAUAUUUACAUCCGAUGAAAUCUUAUCAUCAUUCCGUGCAGUUCAAUUGAAUGAACCAAGUCUAUCUAAAAAACUAAAGAGUAAAGCAGCGUCUUCGUAUUCAAGUUCAACUCUGUUGAUUUGUAUGUUAUUAACGCUCGCAAUGUCCUGGACGACGCAGCUACUAUAGAGUGAUUUGGUCAAGAGAGGUGAAGACAGCCAGCCAGCCAUGCUGAGCCUGGUAUUGAACCAGAAGUUUGUUCAUCGACCAUUGGUCAUGUUUAACGUUGGCUACUCCGGAAGUAGCCUUAUUAUUCUGGCCGUUAAAGAAUAGAAGAGAGUGAAAUUGUUGGAAAAUUUUAAGAGACGAUAAAAAAUCGAAAUAUUCUUAUAGAAGAAAUUAGAGUUGCCAAAUUGGUUAAAUAUGUACAGAGAACGUGCAAGUUGCUUCGCGUGGGAAUGAGUGUCACAUUUAGUCCCGGCUAUCGUGAACAAGUCCUCCAUCAUCACCGAUGUGAAUCGAUACCGUAUUACAUCGGCCAACUUGUCAUGCCAAAUCGAAACCACUUCGUCAACACUAAAAUUUUGAAAUUUGUGUUAAAAUGUCACUAACCCCAACUUUUAAAUCAAUUAUGUGUGUUCUGAAAUAAUGUAUACUAACAGUGCAGCCUGUGAGGCCCUGAUCGUCCGACGAGGUUACUAGUAAUAUGGACAUGAUGCCUAUUCAACUUGUCUGACGAAUGAUAUCUGUCUACAAAACCUAUAUACACAUUAAAAUUGACAAAAUAUUGUGGGUCAGAGGCAUUUUAACACAUACAUGUAUGGAUAGGACAAUAGACUAAUAGAGUUUAAAUAUAGCACAAACAUUGUAAUAUAUUGUAAUAUAAGGUAAUAGAUUCUAUUUUUCUGCAGAUAAGACACUGCAACAAGUUGAAAUUAAAAAAUGUCAAUACUGUAUUUGUUUCCUUGCCCUACAUCAACAGUUGUUCUUACAGUUGGCGAGAUAAAAAAAACAUUUAUCUAAUUGUCGCGGUUUUUUUCGCGGGUCUUUUCUCCGCGGUCUAAUUUCCCUGUCAGCGUUCUUUGUUGGGGAUGUUUGAACGAAAAUCGGCUGUUCUCUUCAAAAUAAGACCGCACUGAACUUUAUUUUUUUAUAUUUUUAUAAGGAGCAAUUCACUCGAACGAUUCAUUUUGUAGAACAACUAUUUUACUGUAUAGAAAUGAUAUUUUCAUAAAUAUAUCUUAAAACCAACAGGAAAACAACUCAAAAGUGUAAAGCUACCGCGAAUUAAUACUUUCCUGAAUAAUUCUUACAUUAUUUUAUUUGUCAUUUUACAACUUUAUCAUGUUUUGCAUGCACUGGCGAACAUUUGAUGAAAAUCGUACUGAUAUUGAGCGCGCAGUAGCGAUUUUCCGCAAAAUGGCAGGGAUGGGCCAGCAUGAUCUGGUAGGGGUUCCCAUCGACUUGCUUGACUACUGCAUACUAGCUUGACUACAAUAUUUGAAUUGUAAUUGUUGUUCACAGUUCGCUUAUCAUCAUGUUAUUCAAAUGACUGUAUCUCAUUUUAUCUCAUUGCUUUAUGCAAAAUAGCAGCCUGCACCCGCUCUGGCCAGGG